AUGAAGCUAUCUUUUGCUGCAAUCCUACUGGGUGCUUUGCCUAUGGUGCUGGCUGCCAAAGUGCUCAAGUCUGUCAUCGUGACUUUCCCUAAGGGCACGCCUGACUCGGUCGUUACGCGGGCCAAAGAUUCUCUGGUGGCUUCUGGUGGUGUAAUCACUCAUGAAUACCAUUUGAUCAAGUAUGGCCCCUGUUGGUUCUCGCGACUCUUGCGAUCCUUACAACCUUUGCAACUUCUAUCAAUAUCAUUGAAAUCUAACCAUACAUCUAGUGGUUUCGCUGCCGAGGCCCCCGUGAACGCUCUCCAGAGCCUCACAACACAAGACACCCGUUAUCAGCCGGACAUUGAAGAAGAUAAGAUUGUGACUGCAAACGGGGACUACGUUGGCGAUGUUGGAGCAUUUUAA